CUUGUGGAGCCGCAGACCGAAACUCAAGGCACGAGUCCGUGGACUUCUUGGGACGCGGCACAGCACUCGCAAAACGCCCUCGUACUGCUCAAGCUGAAGCCCAAACGCUCGCCCAACGCUCGUCCAACGCUCGAGCAACGGCUACCACCGACAUGAACCGCAAGCUGGAGCUCAUGGAGCUGGAGGACGGCGGCGCUAGCCCCAACAACAACAGCAGCGGCGGCGGCCCCAGUCCGACGCUCGAUCUGCUGCGCCGUGACUCGGGCAGCAGCAACCAAGGGGGCGAGGUCCCUCUCCUCGAGGUGGCCCACAACCCAGACUUGAAUUAUUUGAGGGCCACGGCUACUCACGGAGGCAGCAGCACAACCAGCAGCAAGUAUGGCAGCCCUGAGGAGUCCUUCGGCGAGGAUGACGAGGACAAUAGCAAGAAGACUGCCCGUCGUAAGACUGACUCCAACAGCAAGCGCCCCUGGACACGCGAGGAGAACGACAAGCUCAUGCAACUCGUCAAGCAAUACGGCGCCAAGCGCUGGUCACUCAUCGCCAUGCACCUGCCAGGACGAGUGGGUAAGCAGUGUCGAGAGAGAUGGCACAACCACUUGAACCCUUCGGUCCGCAAGGAUGCAUGGACGGCUGAGGAGGACUACGUCAUCUUCGAGUGCCACAAGAACGUGGGCAACCAGUGGGCCGAGAUCUCCAAGAUGCUGCCUGGCAGGACGGACAACGCCAUCAAGAACCGCUACUACUCGACCAUGCGUCGCAUGCAGAGGCAGUCUAUCCGCAAGAAAGGUCCCAUGCGUGAGGGCAAGAGCAUCCGCGUGGCCUCCGUCACGUCGUCCCCUGUGCAGAACAACAACCAGGUGGGUCCUGCACCAAUGCAGCGAUCUUUGACCGGUAUGCAGCACCAGAUGUCACCACAACAGCAGCUUCCACAUCGAGGGGUGAGUUUCCAAUCCACAUAUCAAAGACUCUUCUCGGAGGUCCCUGGGAACGCCACACGCGAUGGCAACUUGAUUGUCGACUUUGAACGCCCCAACAUGAUGGCCUCGUCCCUACGACAGCCUACCAUGGUCUAUCCUUUGAACGGAGGUGGCUACUCGAACGGGAUGAACCCGGACUACAGUCGCCCCAUGUCCAUGACGUCGUCUCCCUGCUCGGUGUCCCCUACAGAUGAUAUGAACCAGAACAACCAGAACGAGACUUUUGAUUACGUUCCGAUGCAGGCGUCGAUCCAGCGUAUUCGGUCAUCCAGUCCCGUUGUCAUGGGCACUCCCCCUCCUUCGACAUCAAUGGGCAUGAUGAACUCACCUUACGGAUCGCCUGCAAGCCACAUGCAACCACAACAACAAGGCAACUUCAUGAUGUCGGGAAAUCCGUACUCGAACAAUGUACGUGGAGGGAUGUACUCAGGACCGUCUGGACCUGGUCCUGCUCAGCAUUACCGUCCUGAUGCCCCUGUCAAUCUCCCACACAAACGUCUCCUGGACGUCCAGGGCUCGCAACGAGAUAUGUGGAAGAACGACAGCCCUGUAUCCGUAGCAGCACCGAUUUUCCGUGGUAUGCCGGCAGCGCACAUGCAGCAAGGCCAAGUCAGCGAGCCGAUGGCAUUGCAGCAGUCCAAGCCGGUUUCCAUGCCUCUUUAUAGACAAGCCCCGAGCAUGGGCCACUUCAACAGCAUGGAGCAGGUAUGGACCGAUGAUGCCUAUCUGUGAUUAUUACUGCUUUAAAGAUGGGGGGAUCGAAUUCUUCUCCCUUGUGGUUUGCUCCCUGAUAGAGUGCAUGGUACAAUUCUUAAAGUUAUUGCUAGGCGAAAUGGCAGCUUCUCUUUACUAUUUUGUCUCCGUUUCGUUUGAUGUGACGUGCUCUGUAGCGAAGUUGAAACCCCGACUAUCUAUGAACCAACUCAAAAAUAUUUCCAUCAGCUAAUGAAG